CGGACUGGACUGGCCUUUUAUCGUGUGUGAGAAGUCGAAUGUGAUUUUAUUAUGACUUAUAUAAAACUGUUGAACGUAACCUUCUAAGCGAAGAAGGCAAAUUAUGAGGGGAACGUGUCUGGAAAGUGGGUGGUUUACCAGAGCAGCAUCAAAUCGUUACUCGGUGUAGCUGUCACCAUGGCAACCAGCGCAGUUCCCAGCGACAACCUGCCCACAUACAAGCUUGUGGUGGUGGGGGAUGGAGGUGUGGGGAAGAGCGCGCUCACCAUCCAGUUCUUCCAGAAGAUCUUUGUGCCUGACUACGACCCCACGAUCGAGGACUCCUAUCUGAAGCACACGGAGAUCGACGGCCAGUGGGCCAUCUUGGACGUGCUGGACACGGCGGGCCAGGAGGAGUUCAGUGCCAUGCGGGAGCAGUACAUGCGGACUGGUGACGGGUUCCUCAUCGUCUUCUCGGUGACGGACAAGGCCAGCUUCGAGCACGUGGACCGCUUCCACCAGCUCAUCCUCAGAGUGAAAGACAGGGAAUCCUUUCCCAUGGUCCUGGUGGCCAACAAAGUGGAUCUGGUCCACCUGCGGAAGGUGGCGGGCGAACAGGGCAGGGAGAUGGCUGCCAAGCACAAUAUUACUUACAUAGAAACGAGUGCCAAGGAUCCUCCCAUGAACGUGGACAAAGCAUUUCACGAACUGGUCCGAGUGAUCAGGCAACAGAUCCCAGAGAAAAGCCAGAAAAAGAAAAAGAAAACCAAGUGGCGUGGGGACCGCUCCACCGGCUCCCACAAGCUCCACUGCGUCAUCUUGUGAAGGCCUCCCCUGCCAGGCAGCCUGCUUUAAAAAGAACUGUGGUGCGCUUCGCUCGACCGAGAGAGAGAGAGCGCUGGAACACAGCGAAAACAAGACUUUGACUGUUCAGACUCCACAGAGUGCCCGGGCCUCGCUCCCUGUGCCCCUGGGCAAAAGGGUGAGGCUCGACGGGCGCUGCCCACAGUAUAUGGAAACCACGGGGAGGGGACAUUGUCCCGGGGGGACUUUUUUGGAGAGUUGAAACGGAUGUUCAGUGCUGUAUCGGCAUUUCCACUGGAGGCCCUACAGAUGAACGUGGAGCUGAGUCAUAUCCAUGUUGAGGGGGCCCCCUCAUGUGUUUGUUUUCUAGUGGUCUUGUGAAUGUAUCAGUGCCAUGGAAGUAGCUUGAGAUGAAAAGAAGAGUAUCUGGUGGGGGGGGGG